AUGCUCGCCAAUUCUGAGCAGAAGCGUGCCACCAGCUUAAAGACGGCCAUGAACAAGAUCUGGGGUACGGCUCGGACUACUUUCAACAUCAGUCCCGGCUUUCAAGCCGUUGGCAAUAUCUGCCACGGCGGCUCCCAGGUCAACGGCAACACGAUUCACAACGAGACUCACCAGUAUUCCCGAAACACCAUCAACAUCAAUAUCUGUUUUUGUUCUGGUGCACAAAGCCACCGGUAA